CAAAGAGUGAGCCAAAUCCCGCACAACACACAGACACAACACAAGUUGAGCGAGCGGAAAAGCGGUCACAUUUCCUACUCACCUGCAAACGUGAUUGAUGUGGGUGUUUGUAUCAGUGGGUGUGUAUGUCAUGCCCACGGAUAUGCUGACUCUACUUUCUUGGAAUUCAUGAGAAGCGUUUAAUCUUCGCUCGUGCAGCAUCACAUGCUCAGGAGCCAAAGCGCAGUGUCCAUAACGCAGAAGGCAUCUGGGUAUCUCCGAGGAGACAAACUUACUUGUGUGAGACCACACUUGAGCACCGUGAGAGACGCCGGUCUACACUUCACUGGGACAAUUUAACGCGUACUGGACACAUUUCCACCAGUUUCCCCUCCUUUUUUUUGUUGCGCUCCAUGGAGCAGGUGUUUUACGCAAAGCUGUUUUUUGACUAUCUCAACCGCCUCCAAAAGACAUUUGCUCCAGUCUAGUGACAGACAAGGACGUGUAUCUUCCAGUCACUUUAAAGUCAUCGACAUCACCAAGAGAAAUGGAUAACAGCCCUGGAGGUGGAGUCAUCCUGUAUGCAGGCUCCUCUGGCAGUUCCAGCCCCAGCCCUGGCAGCCCCUCCAGUGGGUACCAGACACAGUCACCUUCUUCACACUCCCAGCCCUCAUCUCCAGAGGAGGUUACAUUCACAGAAAUUGGGGCAUUGAAACAGAGGGCAGGUGGGUGCACCACUCCAUCCUCCAAACUGGUGUUCCAGUUCCCAGAGGUCUACAGUGGCCCUGCAGCAUCAGCAGCUCCACAGCACACCUAUGCACACCCUAUUGCAGGAAAGAGACCAUGCGGGUUCCCAGGAACUUUCACAAAGACAGGUGGAAUGGUCCUGCUUUGCAAAGUCUGUGGGGACAUUGCAUCUGGUUUCCACUAUGGGGUACAUGCAUGCGAGGGCUGCAAGGGUUUUUUCCGCCGCAGCAUCCAGCAGAACAUCAACUACAAGAUGUGUGUGAAGAAUGAGAACUGUCUGAUCAUGCGCAUGAACCGCAAUCGCUGCCAGCACUGCCGAUUCAAGAAAUGCCUCUCUGUUGGCAUGUCAAGAGAUGCUGUGCGCUUUGGCCGCAUACCUAAGAGAGAAAAGCAGCGACUUCUGGAUGAGAUGCAGAGCUACAUGAACAGCUUAAAUGAGUCUGCUGCCAUGGAAAUGGAUCCCUCUUCAGUGAGAGACACUCCCUCCAGCCCAGAGGAUGGCAACUCAAAAGAGGCCAUUGGGGCCAUCGCCAGAGCCUACCGUGACAUUUUCACCAGCAGUAACAGCAGCAGCCAGGAGAGAGUAGCCAAGAGGGCUAACAUCACCACCAACAACAACAAUAACACAUCUCCAUUUUCUCAGGAUGCCAGUUUUCCACAAGUGUCCCCUCACCACAACUCCGCCCAGAGUUAUCAGUCUUGCCCCGUUGCACCAGCUGCUCUGUGCCCAGUUGCUCCUAAUGACAACCAACCUACAUUCCACAAUGUGGACAACAAUCGCUAUACCUACUUGAUGUCGACCAAUCAGAAUCAGGAUCAGUCUAACAGCACAACACGUCAAAGAGGCUGUUCAGCCGAUCACGAGAGUUUUCACAACGCAGGAAGUGUCCAAAAUCAGCCCUCCUGCCCAUGGAAAUUAGCUCCAGGAGCUAAAGUGUUGGCCUGUCCCCUCAAUGCUUGGCCUGUAUCGGGCCCAGAGCGCACGAGCCAGGAGAUAUGGGAAUCCUUCUCUCAGUGUUUCACUCCUGCUGUCAAGGAGGUGGUUGAGUUUGCCAAGGGCAUCCCAGGAUUUCAAGAACUUAGUCAACAGGACCAGGUCAUGCUGCUCAAAUCAGGCACUUUUCAGGUUCUGAUGGUGAGGUUCUGCACCUUGUUCAAUGCUGGGGAACGUACAGUGACUUUCCUGAAUGGCCAAACUUACCCUCUGUCCACCCUGCGAGCUUUGGGUAUGGGCUCUCUGCUGGAUGCAAUGUUUGACUUCAGCGAGAAGUUGGGUUCCCUGGGACUAGAGCCUGAUGAGAUGGCCCUCUUUAUGGCUGUGGUGCUGGUCUCUGCAGAUCGUUCUGGCAUCUCAGACAUGCGGGCUGUGGAGCAGCUACAGGAGGGUCUGAUCCGUGCCCUGCGGUCACUGAUCGCUCGCCAUCGCCCAGAUGACACCGCCCUCUUCCCCAAACUCCUCCUGCGCCUGCCGGACCUGCGCACCCUCAACAAUCUGCACUCUGACAAACUGUUGGCCUUUCGUAUUGACCCUUGAGCGGACUGCUCACAGAGCACAGACACACGAACUGUUAUACACAGAAACAUACAGUAUACUGCAAACACACAAACACACACACAUAUUAUCUUCCAACGGCAGGACUUCCUUGAAAAUUGAGGAACAAGGAAUUGUGCAAUCCGAGGAACGAUUUUCAAAAGGAUAAAUGAGGGCAGAACAUAUUUUUGAUUCAUUAUUGAUCUUCAUGCAAUGUUCGGGACUAAUAAACAUACACAUACUAACUCAUGUAUACACAUAAACCUCAACACCUCUUGACAGACAUUGUUUCAGUAAAAAACAUAAAUUACUGUGUAGAGUUACUAUUACCCUUUGGACGAAUCAUUUGUGCACUUGCUCAUUAUAUCCAGUUUUUUUAAGAAUAAAAGUCAGUUUAUUUCUGUUUAUUCCUUCAGUCGUACAGCAUCAACAGGCCACCACUAAGCAGCAGCUGAAAGACAGACAUCGUAGCUCCAAACCGUUUGGGACCAUUUGUGAUGAUUGACUAAGUGUCAGUUUGUGUUUAAGAGAAAGGGAACCUGUAAAUAAUACAUAGCAAAAUCAGAAAUAUUAGGGAUAUUAGGGUGUAUCACUGUUUCACAAACAUCCCAUCUGCAUUAGUACAGGAAUGAGAUCACUAUUUGAACAUGUCAUUUGUAUACAACAGGAUGCAUUCUGUGUCUUACUAUUUUUGACUGAUCUUCCAGAAAACAUUUGGCACACCUUGGAUUUAAAUAUGCCAACUUAAUAAGUCAAUGGCAUUUUAUAUUAUUUCACAAAAACAUUGUGUCGUCGUCACCAUAUCGUGCCACAUCUGGACUGGUGGCAGCACUCCAUGCAUGUUGGGUUUUUUAGCUCCUUUGUUUAUUUUUGUUGCUGUAAAUAUUAUUUUACCCCAGUGUCUAUGUAUCAAUGAAUGAACUGAUGUGAUUGAUCGGACAGAUGAGUUCGGUGUGAAGAAGAAUGUACUAGGUGGGGGUUUGGCCAUGCCAAGGGGGUUUUGCACAGGAGUAUAUGUAGUAGGGAUUGUCAGACAGUUUAGACACACUUUCUGCUAUCAGAUGAUGUAACCAACCAGCAUAAUCCCUUAAAUCACCAGCACGCACUCCACAUGCACCCUUCCUCUGCCCCCAAUGUUUGUCAUACAAACACAAGAGAUAUUUUUGGGUGAGAGAUCCUAUUUGACAGGUCCUCUCGCCAUCUGCUUGUUUGAUUAAGGCUGACUGAGGAUGUCUUGUACAAUUUGUAAAUCUUUAUUCCUAAAUAGAAAUGAUAUAAAGUUCAAAUUAUGUAUUA